AACGCGCAACCCUCACCGCCCGCAGAGACGAACCAGCCGCAGCCGCCCCUUCUGCUUCUUCCCCCGACUUGACAAACCCUAGGCGCCGCCACCGCCUGCCGUCGGUGCCGCCACCGCCUGCCGUCGUGCCUGCCAGCUCCGUCCGGCAGCGCCCCGGGCUCCCCCCACCUUCCAGUCUUCGCUCCCUUCUGCUUCUGCGGCGUCCCCGCGUCAGGUUGCGCCGCUGCCGGCUGCUGGCCUGUCCGGCGAGGGCGCGAGGCGGCGACCCCGGCUAGGCAGCUACGGCGGCUAGGGCGCGAGGCUACAUGCUUUUGCAAAUGCUCUUGUGCUGUUGUGCACAUUCAUCCCAGCCAGUAUCCCAGCGACUUGGACUCUACUAAUUCAACUCUGAAGAAGAACAAGGUUAAUGAUAUAAGAGGACUCCAAAACUUGGCCAAGUCAUUAUCUGCACAGGGUUCUGUGACAUCUUCAGGUCUUGGGUUCUUGGAGGAGAGGAAAGGGAGCAGCGAGGAUGCAGACCAUGCAGAAGUGGACGGCGAUGAAACGACAACUCCGGUUGGCAAGGGAAGCGACGGAGGAACAUCCUCUUGGAGGAGACGUGAGGGAGGCGUGAGGCAGUUCUGAUGUGGAGAUGGCGGCGGUGUCGCCGUCGACCCCAUCAGCAGGAAUGGCUAGCAGGUGCGAGGAGCGGCGCACUGAUGCAGGCGUUAUGUCGGGGUCGGAGGAUGGGCGUCAGGGGGUGACGCGGUUAUGCGGCUCAUCCCGUUGAGCCCGCGGUCAGCCCAGCGGCAGUUUGGCGGGCUCUUUUGUGAGCGCUGCAGCCUGGCGGGAUAUCCCGUCCACCUUGCAACCUGACGCGUAGUAUUCUUCACGGCGGCGUGAAGCGAAUUUACAAAUGCUUCUCAUUUGCUGCUGAAUUUUGAUCGAUGGAGCCCAACGCCGACAAGCUACGUGGUCUUUGCAUCACCUCCCUGGACGAUGAAGACGAUGAUGAGACAGAACUGCCCAACCAACCUCUGCCCGCCUCCACCGUGACCGUGGCUGCGGCCGCCUCGGGCUAUGAUGACGAGGACGAAGAUGAAGAAGCAGAAGUCAUGCUUGGGUUCCUGGAGAAGCCGAAGCAUCCCGGCCUCCUCCUCCGCCACCUCUUUCCUAGCAAGGCUGGAGGCAUCCCGGCGUGGUUGGAUCCCGUGAACUUGCCCACGGGGAACUCCAGCUGCUGUGGCUUCUGUGGCGAGCCCCUGCACUUUGUCCUCCAGAUUUAUGCUCCGAUUGAGAGCAAUGCAGCAGCAUUCCACCGCACUCUGUUCAUGUUCAUGUGCCCGUCGAUGGCAUGCUUGCACCGAGACCAGCACAAACAGUGGACACGCAACCAAGGCAAUCCUCGUAGAAGCGUGAGGGUUUUCCGGUGCCAGCUGCCUCGUACCAACGUGUUCUACUCAAGUGAACCUCCAAGUCGCAAUAACUCUGACAAGCCACUAUGUGCCGGAGCUGCUCUGUGUCAUUGGUGUGGUACAUGGAAAGGGGAUAAAAUAUGUGGUGGCUGCAAGAAAUCACGUUACUGUUCUGAGAAACAUCAGGCACUGCACUGGCGCUCUGGUCAUAAAAAUGAUUGCCUACAGAUAAUCAAUUCUUCUGAAGCUUCAAGUUCUGUGCUGCCAGCUGUAGGAAAAGUUCCAGCUAGGACUUCUUGGCCGGAAUAUCAGAUAGCAAUUGACGAUGAAGUUGAUUUGGAUUCUGAUGGUUGUGAUGAAGACAGCUCAAAGUCCUUGGUGGUGCAAAAGCAUGGUAAACCAGAUGAUACAAUGCAGUCAUGGAUGGAUCAAUUUGAGGCCGAUGCUGACAACCAAUGCUGGGCAUAUUUUCAAGAGCGUAUCUCAAGAGCACCAGAGCAAGUAUUGAGAUACUGUCGAGAUCCAAAUGUAAAACCUCUGUGGGCUUUAUCAGCUGGGCGUCCAUCAAAUCCUGACAUCCCUUCAUGUAGCUACUGUAAAGGUCCACUAUGCUAUGAAUUUCAGAUAAUGCCACAAUUGCUUUAUUACUUUGGUGUGAGAAAUGAACCAGACUCUCUUGAUUGGGCAACAAUUGUUGUGUACACGUGUCAAGGAUCAUGUGAUCAAAAUAUUAGCUACAAGGAAGAGUUUGCAUGGGUUCAGUUAUAUCCUACGUCAAUCUCAAGGCCGUAGUAAUGUUUACCUGUUCCACAGAGUGGCGUCUGCUGCUGCAGGGGGAGUUGGAACUUGAAAGUGAUGGUCUACCUUGCAUUUCAACCUGAAGACAGGCGUUCCAAGCCAGAUAGAUUUUUUUUUUAGAUGUCAACUUCAAUGCAGGGCCAUGGUCCCAAUUAGCUCGCUACAUUGGGCUUGGUCUACUAUUUAGCCACUGGGGCCAUCUAGAGCAUUUGAUGUGAAAUAGUUGUGGUCGCCAGCAUUGCCGGUUCAGUGUGCAUCUUUAUUUCGUUAUAUAGGAUUCUUCGUCUCUUUAUGUGGACACCUUGGACGGUUUUGGGGAUUACUCGUUAGGAUUCUGGUCUAUCUCGUUGGUCUGUUAUUC